UUCAGCCAGCUUCAGCAACUUGUUGCCAUGAGGAAAAUAACCUGCGCUUUCCUUGGCAGCCAGGGAAGGACCGCUGCCCUGUGAAGUGCUCCUGCCCCAAGGUACAAAGAAGGUGGCGAUGGUAUCUGGGCAGAGCACGGAGGACCUCGGCCAGCAGAGCCAGAGGAUGAGAGCAGGGGAGGAUGAGGAGAGCAGCCCGGGCAGCCGCCGCCACCCCCUCCGCAAGCUCCCGUUUUUUUCGGGCUGUGGAACAUUUACUUUUCUGUCUUCUGUUGUUGCUGCCAUAAGUGGACUUCUGAUGGGUUAUGAGUUGGGCCUUAUCUCUGGAGCUCUUCUUCAGAUGAGCAGCAUAUUAGCACUGUCUUGCAAAGAGCAGGAAAUCAUUGUAAGUUCCCUGCUUUUUGGGGCCUUAUUUGCAUCCCUUACUGGUGGCUUCCUGAUAGACCGAUUUGGAAGGAGACUUGCUAUUAUUAUUGCAUCUUCUUUACUUGUGUUGGGGAGUUUGAUUUUACUGCCCUAUGAAUCAUAUGGGAUACUUAUUGUGGGACGGAUUGUCAUAGGUAUUUCCAUAUCAUUAUCAUCAAUUGCAACGUGUGUGUAUAUUGCUGAGAUCGCCCCACAGCACAGAAGAGGCCUCCUCGUAUCACUAAAUGAACUCAUGAUUGUAACAGGCAUUCUCUUUGCCUAUAUUUCAAAUUAUGCAUUUGCCAGCAUAACUCAUGGUUGGAAGUACAUGUUUGGCCUUGUGAUUCCAUUAGGUGCUCUGCAGGCUAUUGCCAUGUAUUUCCUUCCUCCGAGUCCUCGAUUUCUGGUAAUGAAAAAUAACGAUGAAGCUGCAAGAAGAGUACUGGAGAAGCUACGGGAAACAUCAGAUGCUACUAAAGAACUUACUGUGAUCAAGUCUUCCCUGAAAGACGAACAUCAGUAUAGUUUCUUGGACCUGUUUCGUUCAAAAAACAACAUGAGGGCCCGAAUGUUGGUAGGACUCACUCUAGUCUUUUUUGUGCAGACAACUGGGCAACCCAACAUUUUAUUUUACGCAUCGACUGUUUUGAAGUCAGUUGGGUUCCAGAGCAAUGAAGCUGCCAGUUUGGCUUCUACUGGAGUUGGAGUGGUUAAAGUGGUCAGCACAGUCCCAGCCACGGUUUUUGUGGAUCAAGUUGGAAGCAAAACUUUUCUGUGUAUUGGUUCUUCUGUUAUGGUAGUAUCGUUGGUCACUAUGGGCUUAGUGAACCGUAACAUAAAUGUGAAUUUCACCAAUGUCUGUAGAAGCCAAUCUCCAGAAGAUUUCUUUCUCCAGAGAACAGGAAACCUCACUAGUGUCACCAAUGGGAGUCUCAAGGACUUCUUUGCUAGCAUGGCUUCACCAGAAAGACUGUCAUUUGACGCACAGAGAAGCCCAGAUGUUGCCAGGACAGGAGAACUGAACAGGACUGCCCUGGCAGGAGGCCAAAGCACCAUGGGGUCUCACAUGGAAAGUGAGGAGGUUCCUGUUGUCCUGAAAUGGCUCUUGCUGGCCAGUCUGCUUGUUUAUGUUGCUGCAUUUUCCAUAGGUCUUGGACCAAUGUCCUGGCUGGUCCUGAGUGAAAUUUUCCCUGGUGGGAUCAGAGGCCGGGCCAUGGCUUUGACAUCUAGCAUGAACUGGGGUAUCAAUCUCCUCAUAUCCUUGACGUUUUUGACUGUAACUGAGCUCAUUGGCUUGUCCUGGGUGUGCUUCAUUUACACAAUAAUGAGCCUAGCAUCCCUGGCUUUUGUUAUUGUGUUUAUACCAGAGACGAAAGGAUGUUCUUUGGAGCAAAUAUCCGUGGAACUAGCUAAACAGUAA